AUGCGUCCAGUCCGGAGUUCCCGUCGUGACUCCAAGCAUAUCCCAUCACUCACUGAGGACAUCAAGCACGCUGUGGCACCGACCAAGGAUGAACCAAUUUCUCCCAGCCGAGAUGAUUCUACAGCUGCGACGACAGCUGAGACUGCUCCGGCUACGAAGAAGGGUCGAUUUCGCAUAUCCGACUGCCAGCUACAACAACUGGAGAUGUUGUUCAAGCAGCAGACUCACCCCAGUCGAGGGCUUAAGCAGGCUCUCGCAGAUGCGAUCGGAAUGGAUUUCAAGUCGGUGACUAUCUGGUUUCAGAACCGGCGUCAGACUUCUCGCAGACGAAGCUCGAAAUUCAUCGAGAUUACCAGCGCCAUCACCCCUCCGCCUGAUUUCGGUCAGGAGAGCAUUCGCGAGGAUACUCUCUCGCAGCCUGCUAAUGCUCUCGUGCUUACCGUGGGGCUUCAGGGCUCUGCGCUCCGAGCUAGACAUGUCGAAUUCUAUACACCGUCAGGCAUCUCCACGGUCACUCCGAAGUUUACGUCUCCCCAGCCCCAGUCAGAGACAGAAAAGCAGAAGCUCUGCAUUGAUCGUCUGUCCUCUCCUGUCGCGUCGCUUCGCACCCUCUCCCCCGUACCUCCGAAUCUGAUCAAGGACGAACCAAGCGAUGAUUUUGACAGCCUCCAGACUUCGCCUCUACCUAUGCGCUCGGCCAAGAGGAGGUGGAGCCUCGACUGGUACUGCGAACAGAAGAUGAAGCGGCGGAGGCUCGAUAAGAUCGAUGUCCAGGAGAGUUUUUCUGAUGCCGACGUGCCUUACGACACGGAAUAUGAUUCGACGGAAGAUGAAGCAGGGGAGGACGUGGAUGAGGACGACAAACUCAUGGUCCCCCGCACUCGCGUUACGCCGCCGGCUCAUUCUGGCGUCACUGACGUGCCUGUGGUACCGGUGGUAACGCGCUCGUCGCGCCCGAGGAUUCCCCCCAGUCUCCAUGGGAUUUUCUCUCCAGAUGUCAUAUUGGGUGCCUCUCUUCUUCUCGAUUUUAAGUAUUCGACCGAGACUUUAGUUGAUUCAGAUUCUAAUAAGUUAUGA